AUGUCCAAAACCUCUGUUCUUUCCCUCCAAUUCAUUUUAACUGUCAUUUGCCUUCUUUCCUUCUUAAGUUUCCCGCCUUCUUUGUCUCUGAAUGUGGAGACUCAAGCCUUGCUUGAAUUCAAAAGCCAGCUCAAAGACCCUUUGAAUGUUUUGGAGUCGUGGAAAGAAUCAGAAUCUCCAUGCGAUUUCUCAGGGAUUACUUGUGAUCCUGUGUCUGGGAAAGUGACUGUAAUCUCAUUUGAUAAUCAGUCCCUCUCAGGCGAGAUUUCUCCAUCAAUUUCUGCCCUUGAGAGCCUGACAACCCUUUGGUUGCCCUCUAAUGCUAUUUCCAGCAAGCUUCCAGGUGGACUUAUUAACUGCAGCAAGCUCAAAGUACUGAAUCUCACUGAGAAUAACAUGGUUGGAGUCAUACCGGACCUUUCGUCGUUGAGAAACUUGGAGAUUCUUGAUUUGUCAAUAAACUUCUUUUCAGGCAGGUUCCCAACUUGGGUUGGAAAUUUAACUGGACUAGUAGCGCUUGGUUUAGGGACAAAUGAAUAUGAUGUUGGCGAAAUUCCAGAGGAUGUCGGAAACUUGAAGAACUUGACCUGGCUCUUUCUGGCUGAUUCCCAUUUGCGAGGAGAGAUUCCAGAAUCCAUGUUUGAGCUGGAGAAAUUGCAGACAUUGGAUAUUUCUCGGAACAAGAUCUCUGGGCAAUUCCCAAAAUCAAUAUCCAAGUUGCAAAAGCUCAUUAAAAUCGAGCUCUAUCACAAUAAUUUGACGGGGGAAAUCCCACCGGAGCUUGCCAACCUCACACUUCUGCAGGAAUUUGAUGUUUCUUCUAAUCACUUAUAUGGGAAACUGCCUGAGGGUAUUGGUAGUUUGAAGAAUUUGACUGUUUUUGAGGUAUUUGACAACAACUUUUCAGGAGAAAUCCCUGCUGGUUUUGGAGAGAUGCGCCAUCUUAAAGGUUUCUCACUCUACCAAAACAAUUUUUCAGGGGAAUUUCCAUCGAAUCUUGGCCGAUUCUCACCAUUAAACAGUAUUGACAUAUCUGAAAAUCAAUUCUCAGGUAGUUUCCCCAGGUUCUUGUGUGAAAGCAAGCAGUUACAGUUCUUGCUUGCUCUGGGAAACCGUUUUUCUGGAGAGUUACCGCAUUCGUAUGCUGAGUGCAAAUCUUUGUGGAGGUUCAGGAUCAAUAGGAACCAGUUGUCAGGAAAGAUUCCAGAGGGGGUUUGGGCAAUGCCACUUGCCAGUAUAAUUGAUUUCAGUGAUAACGACUUCACUGGUGAGGUAUCUCCUCAAAUUGGGUUGUCUGCCAGCUUGAAUCAGUUGAGUUUGCAAAACAAUAGGCUUUCGGGUCAGCUCCCGUCGGAACUCGGCAAACUAAUGAAUCUAGAGAAGUUGUACUUGAAUAAUAAUAGCUUCUCUGGUGAAAUACCUUCCGAUGUUGGUUCUCUACAGCAGUUAUCAUCAUUGCAUUUGGAAGAGAAUUCGUUGACAGGAUCCAUACCAUCAGAACUGGGGGAUUGUGCUAGACUGGUGGACUUGACUCUUGCUUCAAAUUCCUUGAGUGGUCUAAUCCCAAGUACUUUUUCAUUAAUGAGCUCUUUAAACUCUCUGAAUCUUUCACAAAACAAGCUUACUGGUUUGAUCCCGGAAGGUUUAGAAAAAUUGAAGCUAAGCUCCAUUGAUUUGUCUGAUAACCAGUUGUCAGGAAGAGUUCCCUCGGUUCUUCUGACAAUGGGCGGAGACAGAGCAUUUAUUGGGAACAAGGAACUCUGUGUCGAUGAAAAUUCCGAAAACAUUAUAAAGUCAGGGAUAAAUGUUUGCUUGGGAAGACAAGGUCAAGGAAGGAAGUUUGGAGAUAAGCUGGUGCUGUUCUCAAUACUAGCAUCUGUAUUGGUGUUUGUUUUAACCGGGUUGCUGCUUGUGAGUUACCGGAACUUUAAGCAUGGCCAAGCUGAGAUGAAAAAUGACUUGGAAGGGAAGAAGGAAGGAGAUCCGAAAUGGAAAAUUGCAUCAUUCCACCAACUGGAUAUUGAUGCAGAUGAAGUAUGUACUCUGGAAGAAGACAAUUUGAUUGGCACUGGUGGCACAGGAAAAGUGUAUCGCUUGGAUUUGAAGAAAAGCCGUGGUACAGUAGCUGUAAAGCAACUAUGGACGGGAGAUGGUCUGAAGUUUUUGGCAGCAGAAAUGGAGAUUUUGGGGAAAAUCAGACAUAGGAAUAUCCUGAAGCUUUAUGCUAGUUUACUCAAAGGAGGAUCGAGUUUUUUGGUGUUCGAGUACAUGCCAAAUGGUAACUUGUUUCAAGCACUUCACAGACAGAUCAAAGAUGGGCAGCCUGAAUUGGACUGGUAUAAGAGAUAUAAGAUUGCUUUGGGAGCUGCAAAAGGAAUUGCAUAUCUGCACCAUGAUUGUUCUCCACCUAUCAUUCAUAGAGAUAUAAAGUCAAGCAACAUUUUACUUGAUGAAGAUUAUGAGCCAAAAAUUGCCGACUUUGGGGUUGCAAAGCUUGCAGAAAUGUCUCUUAAGGGGUGCGAUAAUAGCUCAUUCGCUGGCACUCAUGGCUAUAUCGCUCCAGAGAUGGCAUACACUUGUAAAGUCAGUGAAAAGAAUGACGUAUAUAGUUUUGGUGUUGUGCUACUAGAGUUAGUCACUGGUAAAAACCCCAUCGACGAGGAAUAUGGAGAAGGGAAAGAUAUUGUCUACUGGGUUUUAACUCAUCUCAACGACCGUGAAAAUGUCCUCAAGGUUCUUGACAAGGAAUUGGUAUCCGAAUCUGUCCGAGAAGACAUGAUUAAAGUCUUAAAGGUUGCUCUCCUUUGCACGACCAAGCUUCCAAGUCUGCGCCCGACAAUGCGGGAGGUUGUGAAGAUGCUCGUUGAUGCUGAUUCUCGUGCUUACAGGUCUCCUGAUCACAGUUCUGACAAAAAUGAAAAGCUUUGUCUCUAG